AUGCGAGUUGCCCAAGACGAGGCCCCAGUUCGGCCACCGGGAUUCUUUCGUCGAACAACACUUGUUCGACGAAGGGUUGGGGCAAAUGAUAGAUUGAUGCGUCAUUACUUUUCAGAGAAUCCCACGUAUAAUGAAAGACAGUUUAGGCGACGUUUUCGUAUGUCGAAGCGUUUAUUUUUGAAGAUAAGUGGUGACUUGGAGGCGGAAUAUCCAUAUUUUCAACAAAGAUACGACGCGGCGGGAAAGUUGGGUUUCAGCGCCAUACAAAAGUGUACAUCCGCACUUCGACAGCUAGCAACGGGACAAACCGGUGACUUUUCGACGAGUAGUAUUGACUACAUGCAUUGGGCGUGGGACAUGUGUCCCACAGCGUGGCGGGGCACGCACACACGAGGUGAUGUCGGACACCCGUUGUUGAUGUUUCAGGUGGUUGCAUCUUAUGAUUUAUGGAUUUGGAACGCCUACUUUGGAAAACAAGGAUCAAACAACGACAUUAAUGUAUUCGAAUCGUCACCCGUUCUAGAGGAAAUCAUUUCCGGAUUAGCGCCUACAAGUUCCUUUUACGCAAACGGGAACUUCUACAAGUGCGGAUACUACCUAACAGAAGGUAUAUAUCCUGAAUACACCACGUUUGUGAAGAGUUUCACCGACCCGUUUGAUGAAAAACGGCAAUUGUUUAAGCGUAAGCAUGAUUCGGCACGCAAGGCUAUUGAGAGGGCGUUUGGUGUUCUAAAGAAGAGAUGA